AUGGCAGCAAUGCUGAGAUCUCUGGUCACUCUUUUGCUCUCCACUCUAAUGUUCGCCCACAUUUCAGAGGUCUCGUCAACAACAUUAACACUAUACAACAAGUGCACCCAUCCAGUGUGGCCAGGUAUCCAAGCAAGUGCAGGAAAACCCUUAUUAGCCCGUGGAGGCUUCAAACUCCUACCCAACAAGGCCUACACCCUCAAACUCCCACCACUCUGGUCCGGCCGCUUCUGGGGUCGCCAUGGCUGUUCCUUUGACGCCUCUGGGCGUGGCCGCUGUGCCACUGGAGACUGUGGUGGCUCCCUCUUUUGCAAUGGCAUUGGAGGCACCCCACCUGCCACACUAGCAGAAAUCACCCUGGGCAAUGACCAAGAUUUCUAUGAUGUUAGCCUUGUAGAUGGCUACAAUCUUGCAAUCUCAAUAACCCCAUUUAAAGGCUCAGGCAAAUGCAGCUAUGCAGGGUGUGUUAGUGACUUAAACUUGAUGUGUCCUGCUGGGUUGCAAGUCAGGUCGAAGGAUAACAGGAGGGUUGUGGCUUGUAAGAGUGCUUGUUUUGCUUUCAAUUCUCCAAGGUAUUGCUGCACUGGUAGCUUCGGUACCCCUCAAGCUUGCAAGCCAACUGCUUAUUCCAGAAUAUUCAAGACGGCUUGUCCUAAGGCCUACUCUUAUGCUUAUGAUGAUCCUACUAGCAUUGCAACUUGCACUCGUGGAAAUUAUUUGGUCACUUUCUGUCCUCAUCACCGCUGA